GUCCCAGCCCUACGCUGCGGCCUCUCUGGCCCGGGCCUGAGGUCCGGCUCCAGUCCUCCUCCCGCGUGCUUCCGUCGCCGAUGGCUUGGACCCUCCGGGGCUGGCGCUGGUGGGGCGCGCCCUUGGCCAGGCUCUGGGAAGGGCGGGGUGAGUUGUUUUGAUCUUCUUUUCACUACUUGCGGCCCAAGCGCCGCCCCUGGAGGCCUUUGGGCUGGCCCGCGCCCUGGGGCUCACAGUGGUGUUUGCGCUGUGGAUGGAGUGGCAGUGCGGUCCCCUGCAGAGCGCAAACAAGGCGCUUGGUUGGCGCGGGCGCCUCGCUGCUUUCCUCGUGGUGGGGCAGUCGUCGUGGUUCUGGCGAUCGUUGAGACGCCUCGAUUGCGGCGUGUAACAGUGAGCGUUGUUUGCGCGGCCGGCUCCCGCCUCGGGGUCCCGGGGGCCUUCCAGUGUGACCGAACAAUGGAGAGCCCGGGCCUCGGCGCAGUCGGUGGAGAAGCUGGGCCGGGCGGAGGCAGCAGCAGCGCGCGGUCCCUCCGGCCUGCGCCCCCACCCUCCCCGGGGACCCCGCAACCCCUCGGCGGUGGGGUAUGGCCACCUCCGUGAGGCCCUGAGAUUCAGACGGGGGCCCGAGGGGCGGGGCGCCCGCUUUAGGGACAUUUCAGUGGGAAGGGGCUGCUCUCAAAGUGGAUAAUUACAACUCCCUCGGGGGCGGGAAGCGGGGAUCCUCCCCCAGCCGCAAGUUCACGAAGAAAGCAACCAAUGAAAAUUAUGAAGACGACGAGAAGUCAGACUCCUCCGGGUCGCCCUCCAACUGUUUCGGCUUCGUCGCCUACUCCGUGAACUCCGGGGAGAAAUCUCGAGUCAAGAUUAAGACCUUAACCCACCAACCGGCCUGUUUCGACACCCCCCGGGCCGACCGCUGUCUGUCCCCUUCUCCAUCGCCCUCGCCCAGAAAGCUCCGGUGCUUGGACCAGCUCGAGUCUGAGAAAGAGGAGAGGCGCGAACGCCACUCCAAAAAGAGAAGGGCUAAGGAGGGCAACCCUAACAAUACGCUUGACUUUCUGUGGCUGGGAACACCUUCCACCAUGACCACCUCAGCAAGUUCCCACUUAAAUAAAGGCAUCAAGCAGGUGUACAUGUCCCUGCCUCAGGGUGAGAAAGUCCAGGCCAUGUAUAUCUGGAUCGAUGGUACUGGAGAAGGACUGCGCUGCAAGACCCGGACCCUGGACAGUGAGCCCAAGUGUGUGGAAGAGUUGCCUGAGUGGAAUUUCGAUGGCUCUAGUACUUUACAGUCUGAAGGUUCCAACAGUGACAUGUAUCUCGUGCCUGCUGCCAUGUUUCGGGACCCCUUCCGUAAGGACCCGAACAAGCUGGUGUUGUGUGAAGUUUUCAAGUACAAUCGAAGGCCUGCAGAGACCAAUUUGAGGCACACCUGUAAACGGAUAAUGGACAUGGUGAGCAACCAGCACCCCUGGUUUGGCAUGGAGCAGGAAUAUACCCUCAUGGGGACAGAUGGGCACCCCUUUGGUUGGCCUUCCAACGGCUUCCCGGGGCCCCAGGGUCCAUAUUACUGUGGUGUGGGAGCAGACAGAGCCUAUGGCAGGGACAUCGUGGAGGCCCAUUACCGGGCCUGCUUGUAUGCUGGAGUCAAGAUUGCGGGGACUAAUGCCGAGGUCAUGCCUGCCCAGUGGGAAUUUCAAAUUGGACCUUGUGAAGGAAUCAGCAUGGGAGAUCAUCUCUGGGUGGCCCGUUUCAUCUUGCAUCGUGUGUGUGAAGACUUUGGAGUGAUAGCAACCUUUGAUCCUAAGCCCAUUCCUGGGAACUGGAAUGGUGCAGGCUGCCAUACCAACUUCAGCACCAAGGCCAUGCGGGAGGAGAAUGGUCUGAAGUGAGUACCUUCUGCUGGGGCCAUCUUUAAUCUCCUGUGGCAGAAAACUUGGGAAGAGACUUAUCAAUCUCUCAGCAAAGUCUCCUUUGCAGGAUGACUUGCAAAUAUUUACCAGAGUUAAGUAAACUUCUCAGUCUGGACGUACCUUAGCUGUUGACACUUGCCUUCAAAUUCUCAUUUUGUUCCUGUUUGAAAAAUACCAAAUAAUACUUCUGAUUCACAGUGAUAAUUAUUAUAUAAAUUAUAACAAAUAAUUAUUAGUCAUAUAUCAUUAUAUAAACAUAUUGAUAUAUAUUUGUGACAUAUAUAUGUCGUGAUAGGGAAAAGUUGACAAAUUCAUGCAUUUGAAAAUCUUUUAGAACUAAAUUAGUUAAUAAUACAGGCAUGUGGAUAAGCUUAAUGCUUAUGAGGGGGAGAAAGUUUCAAAUGAUUGGUCUUUUCAACAAAUACUUUCUACUGCUUGUCGGGCACUGUUCUGACCACUGAGACACACAGGUAAGAAGACGAAGCCACUGCCUUCAUGAAGUGUUUGUACCACUGGUAUCAUAUUUUGGUGCACUUCAUUCUUGGCUCCAUACCUGGAGACAAGGCUGGACUGCCAUCUUUUCUGUUUCUUCUA